AUGCACCUGACUAUCAACCAAGAAGAGGGAAACCAAACAGCUCCUUUGGCAUUUAUUCUUCUGGAUUUCAACAGUGAGGAUCUGCAGUUUUUAUUUGCCAUCUUGUUUCUACCAAUCUAUAUAGUAACCAUGGCUGGGAACAUCCUCAUUAUUAUCCUGGUGGUCACUGAUCAGCACCUUCACACCCCCAUGUAUUUCUUCCUGGGGAACCUAUCCUGCCUGGAGACUUGCUAUAGCUCAACCAUCAUGCCAAGAAUGCUGGUCAGUUUUCUGAGUGGGGACAGAACCAUUUCUAUUGGUGGAUGCUUUGCACAACUUUAUUUCUUUGGCUAUCUUGCAACUACAGAAUGUUGCUUCCUAGCAGUGAUGUCUUAUGAUCAUUAUUUAGCAAUCUGCAAACCCUUGCAUUACACAAUGCUCAUGAAUGGCAGAAUUUGUGUCAAGUUGAUUGCUGUAUCAUGGAUAACUGGCUCAUUUGGCAUCAAUGUUGUCAUAUUUUUGGUAUCUCAACUGACUUUCUGUGGACUCAACAAAAUUAACCAUUUCUUCUGUGAUUUGAUCCCAGUGAUAAGACUCUCCUGCAGUGAUACCCAUUUGGUUGAAAUGACUGCCUUCAUAGUUUCCUCCUUCGGCAUUCUGCCUCCAUUGUUAAUAACCCUGACCUCUUACAUUUGCAUCAUCAGAAGCAUUUUAAGAAUUUCAUCUGCUACAGGGAAACAAAAGGCAUUCUCUACCUGUUCUUCACACCUCACAGUGGUAGCUUGCUUCUAUGGGUCCUUGAUGAUUGUUUAUGUUUUACCAAAUGUGAGUUCCUUGAAUGAUGUGAAGAAACUGCUUUCUCUGUUCUACACUCUGCUCACUCCCCUGGUCAAUCCCCUCAUAUACAGCUUGAGAAACAAAGAGGUAAAGGAAGCAGUAAAGAAAACAUUCAGGAGGCUACAUAGAAACCAUUAA